CACAUUCAAGUCUGUCUCCUGAUGUUGUUGAGUCUGACUGUAGUUUCUGAUGUGCUCUGUGUUACAGUGAUACAGGCUCAGAAUGGCUGGGGAGUGACUUACACCUCUACUCAGAUCUGUGCCUUAAAAGGAUCAACAGUGGAAAUAAGCUGCACCUACACAUACCCAUCCAGAAUAAAUGACCGUGAUACUACAGUUCAGGAAUCAUUCUGGUUUACUCAGAUGAAUGGAGAUGUACCUGUGGAUCUGAGAACAGACUCAGAGUACGCAGGUCGUUUGCAGUACAGUUGUUCUGACAACAUCUGCACUCUGAGAAUCACAGACCUGAGAGAGAGCGACUCAGUUGAGUACAAGUUCGGGUUCAUAACAAACCAACCAGGUGGAAGAUUUACUGGUUCACCUGGAGUCACUUUGUCUGUCACAGGUUUCCAGGUGCAGAUGAGCAGCUCACAAUCAUGCAAGAUUUACACGUGUACAUGGUCACAGCUGAAGUGUCUCAGCAGCUGUCGUCUACCUGAUCAAACCUCCUACAUCUGGUACAAGAAUGGACAGAAAAUUAAGGAAGAAUCAUCUUAUUCAGACUACUUUUAUCCUCCAGACAGCUAUUCAUGUGCCCUUAAAGGACAUGAGGAUUUUCCUUCUCCAUCAGUUUGUGGCCACGGUCAAACCUGCAGCAGAGUGACUUACACUGACAGAAGCAUCUGUGCCUUCAAAGGCUCAUCAGUGAACAUUUCUUGUACUUACAACAGUUAUUCCACAUAUAUCACAUCUAAAUUCUGGUUCAGUCCUGAACAUAGUCUUCAGUGGCAGAAUCCCUCACAGCCUGAGGACCUUAGUGAAGACUCCCAGUAUGCAGGUCGUGUUCAGGUCCUUGAAACAGAGAGAGGACGCUCCACUCUGAGAAUCACUGACCUGAGAGUGAGCGACUCACCUGCCCCCAUCUCACCACCGUCUCACCAUGCCAACUUUGCCCUCCUCAACACCCGAUCGAUUAACAAUAAAGCCCCUGCCCUCCAUGACCUAAUCCUCGACAACACGCUGGAUUUCCUUCUGCUUACCGAAUCCUGCCAACAACCCAAUGACUUCUUCUCUCUCAACCAAGCAUCCCCCACUGGCUACAAUUACAUCUGCAAACCCCGCCCCUCCCGUCGUGGUGGCGGCCUUGCCGUCAUUUACAAUCAGAACUUCCAGAUCACCGAACUUACCCUCCCCUCAGUAUCUUCAUUUGAAUAUCUCCCCUUCAAAGCUCUUUCCUCCAUGACAGUUAUCCUCAUCUACCGGCCACCUACCAAACAUUUCCUUCCUCUCUGA